AUGCUACUUGACAAUGAGGACUCUGAUCCGCAAUACUCAAUUAUUUUUGAAUAUAAUUAUCAUAGUGAGGUAAUAAUUAAUUAUGAACUUGUAGAAGUUAACAAUGAAGAGCAAGAACUUGCUAGAUCAGAUCAUACAAAUGAAGAGUUGGAUGUAGAAAAUAGUAAAGAAAGGGUAGAGGUAGGGGCAGGAGUAGAG